UCAGAGCAACCAGAAGCGAACUAUUGUGCGUGCAGCUUGCUUAUGUUUACUGUCGCAAAGGGCACAUUUAGACAGCUUUUGCUUAAAUGUUCGCUUUUAUAAGAAGUCAUUAUACGUUUUAGCAUUAGUUUUAUCAAAAAGAAGAGAAAGAGAAAGCCAUGUCGAGUCGUUUAGCCUUUCAAACCCAGCUAGCAUCCAUCAUGGAGGUACUAGCGAACGCCGCGGUGGCCGAGAUCUGCAAACUGGUGGACGAUGACUAUGCCGUGGUGAGUCUACAGAUGUCCCAGUGUCAGAAGGAAAACAAAGCUCUGAAAAGAAAACUGCAUCUCCUGGAGCUCAAGAUGGCCCGGGGAACCGCGGAGAGGAGGCUGCGGGAGAGCGCCUUCAACAGCGGCCGCUUGAGGGUGCAGAUCGGCGGCGGCGGCGGCAACGACAGGCUCCGGGAGAUAUCCUCCGGAGAUGGAGCAUUCGACCAGCAGACUGUCUCGCUCUGGCCAGAUCGUGCCCUCACAGCCAGCGUCACAGAAGAGCCGCAAUGUCCUCAGAGUAAAUCUCCAGAUGUGCAGUUUGUGGAGCCAGAGCCAGUAAUAGUGAAGGAGGAAACUAAAUCAGAAACAAAAGAAGAAGUCGUCCAUUUGAUUGAAGACAAUGACAUCAUGGAGCCAGCCCCAUGUGUAGCAGAGGGACCCAAAAUUGGCCAAAUCCAGACCUGCCCCAAGACCAGGACCCAGACCCCACCGAGACCCCUGCGACGAAAGAGCACCACCAACAGGAGAGUGGAGUCGGAGGAGGAACCUGACUUGGUGCUGGUCAAAGUGGAGGAGCCAGAGGAACUGAGGGACAAACCCAACACUCCAAGCCUCAUCAUACAAGAAGGUCUUGUUGAGUCCAGCACAGAUGACUUCAAAGCUGAGCUCCCAUUUGCCGCAGCUUCACAGAUUUCAGCCAAUCAGGUUCACGAAUCCAACCAGGGUUUAUCUGAGCAAAGUAAUGUGAAGAUUCCCGCCUCAUCACACUCUGCCACUGGCUCUGAUUUAGCCUUUUUUGAACUGGAGCCAUUUUUCACAAGUUGGGCCCCAGACAAAGGAUUAACAGCACACCCUGGUGGGUUGUUCACUGGAAAUGCCUCCACAGAGAGGGAGAAGAACAUGGUUACUGUGGAAAAUGAGAGAAGCAGAGUGAAUGGAGAGAGGUUCAAUGAAACAAGUGCCCCAAACCAGCCACAACCCAGUGCUUUGCAAGCUCUGCCCACAGCUUCCCCAUUGUCUUCAAUACGAAUCCAGUCAGUUCAUUCCCAAUGGACUCCUACAAUGUUAAGAAACCCGCACUUGCUUCUCAACACUAGAACACCUCAACAAAACCACUCAAAUACUCCCAAUGCUACACUGAACUCCUCUUCUACCUCAGCACCAUCUACUAGCACAUCGUUAAAUCAUACAUUUCAAACUUCGACCUCACAAAAAUAUAAAAUAGGAAAAAAAUACAUUUGCAAAAUUUGUGGUAAACUUUUCCCUGCUUGGUCAAAUUUGGAAAUUCACCAAAGAGUGCAUACAGGAGAAAGGCCUUUUAAAUGUGAUACUUGUGGGAAGCGUUUUUCCGAAGCAGGAAAUUUGAAAAAACACCAGCGUGUUCAUACCGGAGAAAAGCCGUUUAGCUGCAAUAAAUGUGGAAAGACGUUCGCUUGGAUCUGUAAUUUAAAGACGCACCAACAAUCAACAAUCAGCUGCAUGCAACAGAGCAGAGGAGGAACCUAGAGAGAGAAGAAGGGGGAGAAAUCUCAAAAAUAGACACUACAGCAAUUGUUUUGGAGAUACAAAAAAAUCUGAAUAUUAAAGGUCUGGUAACUGACUGUGAACCCUGUGUUAAGAACAGGUAGUUUGAACUGUUAACCCUAAAACACCAUGUACAUUUUUUCAAAGUUGUUCUGUAGUUGCUUUAAAUGAUAAAUAACAGUUAGAAAACAUAUUCACAGGUUUUUCAUUAUAAUUUUUAACCAUACACUGUGUUUAAAGGAAAUAAAUUAUAUUUCAGUGUCUGCCUUGGUAUAGGUUGAUAUCAGCUAUUGGCAAACACUUAAAGUCAAGGUGCUAUCAGUAUUACACAACAAAAUGCUUUACAUUUGCUCAGUUUUUUCACUUAUCUGCAUUUACAUUGCGUGUUUUAACAGGCAUUGAUAUUGACAAAGUUUAGAUCGAUUUGCUGGUUCACUUGACUUAAACUAUUAUAAGUCUGAGCCUUCUCCAAGCAGUUGAAUUUUAUAUAAAAUGGUUAUAAAUUAAAUGAGAAAAGAAAAAUAUGACCUUACCUGAAUAGUUUUUGGAAUGAUCUACAGCAGAUUUAGUAAAUGGCCAUACGGUAAUAUUGAAGAAACACUAACUGAAAAGAAUAUGAAAAGAUGAUAGCACAUUUUAAGUCAGAAUUUUACUAUAUUUGUGUGUGUGCGUUUUCCUACUUAUGAAAAUGAGCUCUAUCUUCCACACUAGCUUAUGUUUCCACAUAUUUGUUAUGAUUAUGGUAUACUAGAGCUUGUUGAAGAGUUAUGGUAAAGAUCAACUACUAAGGUUUGGCCAUUAUGAAGUUGAGGGUUAUAGACUUAAAAAAAAAAGCUACAAACUUUUAAACUGUUUUACUUAAUAAUUUACCUCUGAACUGAAGCCUAUUUUAGGGCAUUUUUUUUUCAUCAGACUAAAUAAGUUAUUAUUAAUGUCAUAUUUUUAACCCUGUGGCUUUCUGGCCAUCUACUGCUGUUUUAUAUGUUUAUUUACUUUUCUAUAAAAAAGUUGGAAUAAACUAUUUGCUGUGAAA